UGGAACCACCAGCAUCAGAGGCGGUGGUGAAGAGAAGGCAUAGGCGGUGUUUGCUUUUUAAUUUUUUGUUUUUCCAAAGAGCAUUUCAGCACACUGCUGUCAGGGACGCUGAAAAGAAUACCUUUUAUAUUUUUCUUUUCUUUUUUUUUCUUCAUCGGAAUGGUUAGGUCACCUAUGUGACUAUAACAGAAAUUUAAAGGCAGUUUUAUUUAGCAUGCUGGGAAUGAACAACAAACAACAUUCAUGACGGUGCUAUAGCACAACCAGUCGCCUCUAAAGGCUCCCAGAGCCUUUUAUCGGAAGAAAAUUUGUAUGUUACUCAUACUCCUGCCUGAUUAGCUAACCUACCUCUGCUAGCCACUUGGAGUGGGUGCUGCUGGAAGGCGCAAAGAAGGAAAUCUGAACGGUCCAUUUUAGAGAUUCGGAUGAGGUGUUUGAAUCCAACGUUUGAAUUUUAUCAUUUUAACCAACGCUCUCUGCAUAUCAACAAGCACUGGCAUAUUUCAUUUCAGAGAUGUGGGCAAUGAGAUUGCUUUUCCUUGGAUUUGUACUCAGUCUGGGGGUUCUCGCUCCUGUAAGAGCAAUUGAUGCCCCAAAGACCUGCAGCUCCAAGCAGUUUGUGUGCAAGGACCAGGUGACCUGCAUCUCCAAAGGCUGGUGCUGUGACGGGGAGAAGGACUGCCCAGAUGGCUCGGACGAGGCCCCAGAUAUCUGUCAUCACAGUCAUGGGUCACAGUGUCCACCCAACGAGUUUGACUGCCGAGGCACAGAUGUGUGUAUCCACCUCAGCAAGUUGUGCGACGGGGUUCCAGACUGUUCUGAUGGCCGCGACGAGGGGGCACACUGCCGAGAGCUGAGGCCCAACUGCACGACCCAUGGCUGCCAGUACAAGUGCGCGGUCACCGCGGCGGGCCCCAAGUGCUACUGUAAGAACGGCUACGAGGUGGCGGAGGAUGGCAAGAUGUGCAAAGACUUUAAUGAGUGUGCAGUGUAUGGGACCUGCAGUCAGAACUGCACCAACCUGGACGGCUCCUACACCUGCACCUGUGUGGAGGGCUACCUGUCCCAGCCGGACAAUCGCUCCUGCAAGGCCAAAAAUGUCCCAGUGGAGCGUCCACCCCUGCUCCUCAUCGCCAACUCGCAGAGCAUCCAGGCCACGCACCUGAGCGGCCUGCUGCCCUUCUCCGUGCCCACCAAGCAGACCACGGCUAUGGACUUCAUCUAUGCCGAGGAGACCGUCUGCUGGAUCCACAUGGGUGACGGCCCAGGCAACAAACAGCUCAAGUGUGCCAAGAUCUCCAACGCCAAGCUCUUCACGGACGUCCACGUGGUCAACAUCUCCCUCAGCCUGCACCAUGUGGAGCAAAUGGCCAUCGACUGGCUAACAGGAAACUUUUACUUUGUGGACGAUAUGGACGACCGCAUCUUCGUCUGCAGCAAAGACGGUUCCACCUGCGUCACCUUGCUGGACCAGGAGCUCUACAACCCCAAGGCCAUUGCCCUGGACCCCACCAUGGGGAAGGUGUUCUUCACUGACUAUGGGCAGAUUCCUAAGGUGGAACGUUGUGACAUGGAUGGCCAGAACCGCACCAAGCUGGUGGACAGCAAGAUUGUCUUCCCCCACGGCAUCACGCUGGACUUGGUCAGCCGGCUGGUCUACUGGGCCGACGCCUACCUGGACUACAUCGAGGUGGUGGACUACGAGGGCAGGAACCGACACACCAUCAUUCAGGGCUUACUGAUUGAGCACCUGUAUGGCCUGACUGUGUUCGAGAACUACCUGUAUGCCACCAACUCGGACAACGCCAACAUGCAGCCCAAGACCAGUGUUAUCCGCGUCAACCGCUUCAACCGGUCAGACUUCCACGUGGUGACCCGAGUGGACAAGGGAGGAGCCCUCCAUGUGUACCACCAGAGACGCCAGCCUCCAGUGCGGAGUCACGCGUGCGCCCCCGAUCAGCACGAGAAGCCCGGCGGCUGCUCGGACAUGUGCCUGCUGGGCAACAGCCACAAGACGCGCACCUGCCGCUGCCGCUCUGGCUUCAGCCUGGGCAGCGACGGCAAGUCCUGCAAGAAACCGGACCAUGAGUUGUUUCUGGUGUAUGGGAAGGGGAGGCCCGGCAUCAUCCGUGGCAUGGACCUGAACGCCAAGGUGCCGGACGAGUACAUGAUCCCCAUCGAGAACCUGAUGAACCCACGGGCCCUGGACUUCCACGCCGAGACCGAGUUCAUCUACUUUGCGGACGCCACCAACUACUUGAUCGGCCGCCAGAAGAUCGAUGGCACGAGGAGGGAAACUAUAAUUAAGCAAGGGAUCCACACAGUGGAGGGGGUAGCCGUGGACUGGAUGGGCAAAAAUCUGUACUGGACCGACGACGGGCCCAAGAAGACCAUCAAUGUGGCCCGGCUGGAGAAGUCCUCUCAGACGCGCAAGACCCUGAUUGAGGGUGGGAUGACUCACCCGAGAGCCAUCGUGGUGGACCCUCAGAAUGGGUGGAUGUACUGGACUGACUGGGAGGAGGAGCCCACUGGGACCAACCGCGGCAGCAUCAAGAGGGCCUGGAUGGACGGCACCAACCCUGGCGUCUUCCUCACCGGCAAGACGGUGCUGUGGCCCAACGGCCUCACGCUGGACAUCCCUCAGGGCAUCCUCUACUGGGUGGACGCCUACUAUGACCGCAUCGAGAUGGUGUUCAUCAACACCACAGAGCGCAAGACUGUGUAUGAUGGACCGGAGUUGGCCCACGCCUUUGGCUUGAGCCACUACAAAAACUUCCUGUUCUGGAACGAGUACCGAGGUGGAGAAAUCUACAAGGUCAAUCGGGACACCAAGAACGUCACCCUCCUGCGAGUAGAGCGGCCGCCCAUCUAUGAGAUCCGCACUUAUGACGCUCAACAGCAACAAGGUUCCAACAAGUGUCGUGUCAAUAAUGGUGGCUGUAGCAGUCUGUGUCUGGCAAUUCCCAAUGACAGGACGUGUCACUGUCCAGAUGACCAGAUCCUGGAACCCUACAAUAACACCUGCCAUGCCAACCCGUCUUACCAGCCUCCGCCUCAGUGUCAGCCUGGGGAGUUCGCCUGCGAGAACAGCCGCUGCAUCCAGGAGCGCUGGAAGUGCGAUGGAGACAACGACUGUCUGGACAACAGUGACGAGUCGCCGGACCUCUGCCACCAGCACACCUGCCCUUCAGACCGCUUCAAGUGUGACAACAACCGCUGCAUCCCUCUGCGCUGGGUCUGCGAUGGAGACAACGACUGUGGCAACAAUGAAGACGAGUCUAACACCACCUGCUCAGCUCGUACGUGCCCUCCCAACCAGUUUGCCUGUGCCAGUGGCCGCUGCAUCCCCCAGUCCUGGACCUGUGACCUGGACGACGACUGUGGAGAUCGCUCGGAUGAGCCUGCCUCAUGUGCCUACCCAACCUGCUUCCCCCUCACCCAGUUCACCUGUAACAAUGGCCGCUGCAUCAACAUCAACUGGCGCUGUGACAACGACAACGACUGUGGAGACAACAGUGAUGAGGCAGGCUGCACUCACUCCUGCUCGGGGGUGCAGUUCAAGUGCAACAGCGGCCGCUGCAUCCCAGAGUACUGGACCUGUGACGGUGACAAUGACUGUGCAGACCACAGCGACGAGACUCACGCCAACUGCACCAACCAAGGUGAGACGCUGCUGAGACUGUGCCCAGAUCAGGAUGUCUGCAGUCUCACCUUCAUUACACCUCCCCUUCUCUCUCUUAACCAUCCCUUCAUUACCACGCUGUCACAUUCCUCACUCUUCCACAACUCCUGCCAUCUAUCCCUCUCCCUCUGUAGUCUUUCAUCUCUGAUCCCCCUCUUUUCUUCUCGUCCUCUCCUCACUCCCACAGACCCGUUCAAGCCCUUCAUCAUCUUCUCCAACCGGCACGAGAUCCGACGCAUCGACCUGCACAAGGGCGAGUUCAGCGUGCUGGUGCCGGGCCUGAGGAAUACCAUUGCUCUGGACUUCCACUUCAAUGAGAGCAUGCUCUACUGGACCGAUGUGGUGGAGGACAAGAUCUACCGCGGAACACUGUCCGAAAACGGCGCCCUGACCAGUUUUGAGGUGGUGAUCCAGUAUGGCUUGGCUACUCCUGAGGGUCUGGCUGUGGACUGGAUUGCUGGGAACAUCUACUGGGUGGAGAGUAACCUGGACCAGAUCGAGGUGGCCAAGCUGGACGGCACCAUGAGAACCACCCUGCUCGCUGGAGAAGUGGAGCACCCUCGGGCCAUCGCUCUGGACCCCAGAGAAGGGAUUCUUUUCUGGACAGACUGGGAUGCUAGCUCUCCCAGAAUAGAGGCAGCCUCUAUGAGUGGGGAAGGCCGCCAAACCAUCCACAGGGAAACCGGAAACGGAGGGUGGCCCAAUGGACUCACAGUGGAUUACUUGGAGAGACGCAUCUUAUGGAUUGACGCAAGGUCAGACGCCAUCUAUUCUGCCUCUUACGACGGUUCCGGCCUCAUCGAGGUCCUCCGGGGACAUGAGUACCUGUCGCACCCGUUUGCCGUCACCAUGUAUGGCGGUGAGGUCUACUGGACUGACUGGCGCACCAACACUCUGGCCAAGGCCAACAAGUGGACGGGCCACGACGUGACCGUGGUCCAGCGCACCAACACGCAGCCCUUCGACCUGCAGGUGUACCACCCGUCCAGACAGCCUCAGGCCCCCAACCCUUGUGCUGGGAGCGGUGGCCGUGGGCCCUGCUCACACCUCUGCCUCAUCAACUACAACCAGACCUUCUCCUGCGCCUGCCCUCACCUCAUGAAGCUCCAAGCCGACAAGCGCACCUGCUAUGAGUCACGUCAGUUCCUGCUGUACGCUCGGCAGAUCGAGAUUAGAGGGGUGGACCUGGACAACCCCUAUUACAACUACAUCAUCUCCUUCACCGUGCCCGAUAUCGAUAACGUGUCGGUGGUGGACUAUGACGCCAUGGAGCAGAGGAUCUACUGGUCAGACGUGCGCACACAGACCAUCAAGAGAGCCUUCAUCAACGGCACCGGGGUCGAAACCGUGGUGUCAGCUGACCUGCCCAAUGCCCAGGGCUUAGCAGUGGACUGGGUCUCUCGGAACCUGUUCUGGACGAGCUACGACACCAACAAGAGGCAGAUUAACGUGGCGCGGCUGGAUGGCUCCUUUAAGAAUGCGGUCAUCCAGGGCCUGGACAAGCCCCACUGCCUGGUGCUGCAUCCUAUCCUGGGGAAACUCUACUGGACAGAUGGCAACACCAUCCACAUGGCCAACAUGGAUGGCACCAACCAGACCCUCCUGUUCGCCAAUCAGAAAGGGCCUGUCGGUCUGUCCAUUGACUUUGAUGAGGAGCGCCUGUACUGGAUCAGCUCGGGCAACAGCUCUAUUAACCGCUGCAAGAUGGACGGGUCCGACCUGGAGGUCCUGGAGGCUGCCAAGGGCAAACUGACCAAAGCCACUGCUCUGGCCAUCAUGGGCGAUAAGCUGUGGUGGGCAGAUCAUGGCUCUGACCAGGUGGGCACCUGCGACAAGAGCGACGGGGGCAACUGGAGGGUUCUGAGAAACAACACCUCACCCAUGAUGCACAUGAAGAUCUACAACGAGACCGUGCAGAAAGGUGGUGUGAACCUGUGCAGCAGUAACAACGGCGGCUGCUCACAGCUCUGUCUCCCCACGUCCAAAACCAGCCGGGCCUGCAUGUGCACCGCUGGCUACAGCCUCAAGAGUGGACAGCAGUCCUGUGAAGGCAUGGGCUCCUUCCUGUUGUACUCGGUGCAUGAGGGCAUCAGGGGCAUCCCUCUGGACCCCUCUGAUAAAUCGGACGCGCUGGUGCCAGUGGCGGGCACCUCUCUGGCAGUGGGCAUCGACUUCCAUGCUGAGAAUGACACCAUCUACUGGGUGGACAUGGGUAUGAGCACCAUCAGCCGAGCCAAGCGAGACCAGACCUGGAGAGAAGAGGUGGUGACCAAUGGCAUCGGCCGAGUGGAGGGCAUCACAGUGGACUGGAUUGCAGGCAACAUCUACUGGACAGACCAGGGCUUUGAUGUUAUCGAGGUGGCCCGUCUCAACGGCUCCUUCCGUUACGUGGUGAUCUCCCAGGGCCUGGAUAAGCCCCGCGCCAUCGCCGUGCACCCCGCCAAAGGUUAUCUGUUCUGGACAGAGUGGGGGCAGUAUCCACGUAUCGAGCGCUCCCGUCUGGAUGGCUCUGAGAGAGCAGUGCUGGUGAACGUCAGCAUCAGCUGGCCCAACGGCAUCUCCAUAGAUUACCCGGAUGGCAAACUGUAUUGGUGUGACGCACGCACAGACAAGAUUGAGCGUAUUGAUCUGGAGACUGGUGAGAACCGCGAGCUUGUUCUUAGCACCAACAACAUGGACAUGUUUGCAGUGUCUGUCUUUGAGGACUACAUCUACUGGAGUGACAGAACUCAUGCUAAUGGAUCCAUUAAGAGGGGUCACAAAGACAAUGCCACGGAGUCGUUGUACCUUAGGACCGGCAUCGGUGUCCAGCUCAAAGACAUCAAAGUCUUCAACCGCGCCAGGCAGCAAGGAACCAAUGUGUGCCAAAUUAACAACGGUGGCUGUCAGCAGCUGUGCCUUUUCCGUGGCAACGACAAGCGCACAUGCGCUUGUGCCCACGGCAUGCUGGCCGAGGACGGCAGCAGUUGCCGCGACUACGAGGGCUACCUGCUGUACUCGGAGCGCACCAUCCUCAAGAGCAUCCACCUAUCGGAUGAGACCAACCUAAACGCGCCCAUCAAACCUUUCGAGGACCCCGAGCACAUGAAGAACGUCAUCGCGCUGGCCUUCGACUACCGCGGGGGUCCUGGUCCGGGCGGUCAGAAGCGCACAAACCGCAUCUUCUUCAGUGACAUCCACUUUGGCAACAUCCAGCAGAUCGAUGACGACGGGUCCAGCCGCAAGACCAUUGUGGAGAAUGUGGGUUCGGUGGAGGGUCUGGCGUAUCACCGCGCGUGGGACACCCUGUACUGGACCAGCUACACCACCUCCACUAUUACCCGCCACACGGUGGACCAGAGCCGCCCGGGGGCCUUCGAGCGUGACACCGUGGUCACCAUGUCCAGCGACGACCACCCACGAGCGUUUGUGCUGGACGAGUGUCAGAAUCUGAUGUUCUGGACCAACUGGAACGAGCAGUCGCCCAGCAUCAUGCGCUCCUCGUUGGGGGGCGCCAACGUGCUGAUCAUCAUCGGCACCGACAUCCGCACCCCCAACGGCCUGGCCAUCGACCACCGCGCCGAGAAGCUCUACUUCAGCGACGCCACACUGGACAAGAUUGAGCGCUGUGAAUAUGAUGGCAGCCAUCGCAUUGUGGUGCUGAAGAACGAGCCGGUGCAUCCGUUUGGGCUGGCGGUGUACGCGGACUACAUCUUCUGGACGGACUGGGUGCGGCGGGCGGUGCUGAGGGCCGACACGGACGGCAGGGACCUGAAGGUGCUGCGCGCGGACAUCCCUCAGCAGCCCAUGGGCAUCAUCGCCGUGGCCAACGACACCAACAGCUGUGAAUUCUCCCCAUGCCACAACAACAAUGGUGGCUGCCAGGACCUGUGUCUCCUCACUGCAGAUGGCCGGGUCAACUGCAGCUGCAGAGGAGACCGCAAGCUCCUGCCUGACCAGUCAUGCGUCGCCCAGAACAUGUCCUGCAGCAGUGUGGAUAACUUUGAGUGCGGGAACGGAGACUGCAUCGACUACAGCCUCACCUGCGAUGGCAGACCCCACUGCAAGGACAAGUCUGACGAGAAGCAGUCAUACUGUGCUAACCGUGUGUGUAAGAAGGGCUUCCGGCGCUGUGCCAACGGACGCUGCAUUGGGCUGCCGGUCUGGUGUGACGGCACUGACGACUGUGGAGACCGCUCCGAUGAGCUGCACUGCAAUGUGACCCUCUGUGCUGCUGGGGAGUUCCAGUGUGCCUCGGCUACAGGCUGCAUCGCCAACUCCACCCGCUGCAACCAGGUGGUGGACUGUGAGGACGCCAGUGAUGAGAUGAACUGCAGUCCAACGGACUGCUCCAGUUAUUACCGGCGGGGUGUGAAGGAGUCGACGUUCCAGCGCUGUGAGAAGACCACCCUGUGUUACGCCUCCUCCUGGGUGUGUGACGGCUCCAACGACUGUGGAGACUGGUCUGAUGAGAGAAACUGUCCUGAUAAGAAGAAGUUGAAGUGUCCAGUGAACUUCUUUGCUUGUCCGAGUGGACGCUGCAUCCCUAUGAGCUGGACAUGUGACAAGGAGAAAGACUGUGAGAACGGCGCGGACGAAACCCACUGUGAUAAGUUCUGCACGCCCACACAGUUUGAGUGUGGCAACCAUCGCUGUAUCCAGAGCACCUGGGUGUGUGACGGGCAGGACGACUGUGGAGACGGGUCAGAUGAGGGCGCCAAGUGCAGCACAAAGACGUGCAGUCCAGAGACGUUCCAGUGCCCAGGGUCGUACAUAUGUGUGCCUCAGCACUGGAAGUGUGAUGGAGACAAGGACUGUCCUGACGGAGCUGACGAGAGCAUCAAGGCAGGCUGCACCUACAAUAACACGUGUGAUGAGAACGAGUUCAUGUGCCAGGACAAGAACUGCAUCCCCAAGCAGUUUGUGUGUGACCAUGACCUGGACUGCCCCGAUGGCUCAGAUGAGUCCGUAGAGUGCGAGUACUCCACGUGUGGUCCUGAUGAGUUCCGCUGUGCUAACGGCCGCUGCCUGAAGCGGAAGAGCUGGGAGUGUGAUGGAGAGCCUGACUGCUACGACAGCUCAGACGAGGCCCCCAAGAACCCCCACUGCACUGAAACAGGCAAGAGCUGCAAUGACACGGCCUACAUGUGCAACAACAAGAAGUGUGUGAACGAGACGCUGCUGUGUGACAACAAGGACGACUGUGGGGACGGCUCCGACGAGCUCAACUGCUACGUCAACGAGUGCGCCCUCGCCCACCUCAGUGGAUGCUCCCAGCAGUGCGAAGACCUCAAGAUCGGCUUCAAGUGCCGCUGUCAAACUGGCUUCCGGCUGAAGGACGAUGGGAAGACGUGUGUGGACAUAGACGAGUGCACGACCAGCUACCCCUGCACCCAGCGCUGCGUCAACACCCACGGCAGCUACCAUUGCCUCUGUGUGGAAGGCUUCCAGCUCCUGCCUGACGACCCCACCACCUGCAAAUCCACCUCCGAGGAGGAACCCUUCCUGAUCUUUGCCAACCGCUACUACCUGCGCAAGCUCAACUUGGACGGCACCAACUACACCCUGAUCAAGCAGGGUCUGAAUAAUGCAGUGGCUCUGGACUUCCACUACGCUGAGCAGAUGAUCUACUGGACAGACGUGACCACACAGGGCAGCAUGAUCCGCCGCAUGCCCAUCAACGACAGCGACAACGUGCAGGUGCUUCACCGGACCUCUCUGAGCAACCCCGACGGCCUGGCGGUGGACUGGGUCGGGCUCAACCUCUACUGGUGCGAUAAGGGCCGGGACACCAUCGAGGUGUCAAAGUUGAACGGAGCGUACCGCACGGUCCUGGUCAACAGCGGCCUCAAGGAGCCCAGAGCUGUCGCCGUGGACGUCCGCAACGGGUACCUGUACUGGUCAGACUGGGGCGAUAACCCCCACAUCGGACGCAUCGGCAUGGACGGCACCAACCGCAGCGUCAUCGUCCAGGAGCGCAUCACCUGGCCCAACGGGCUCACUCUGGACUUCAUCAAUGACCGCAUCUACUGGGCCGACGCUCGCGAGGACUACAUCGAGUUCGCCAGCCUGGACGGCACCAACCGACACAUCGUGCUGCACCAGGACAUCCCUCACAUCUUUGCCAUGACUCUGUUUGAGGAGUACAUCUACUGGACCGACUGGGAGACCAAGUCCAUCAAUAGGGCGCACAAGACUCAGGGCACCAACAAGAGCAUGCUGAUCAGCACCCUGCACCGGCCCAUGGACAUCCACAUCUACCACCCCUACAGACAACCAGAGGUGAGGGACCACCCGUGCCAGGUAGAUAAUGGCGGCUGCAGUAACCUGUGUCUCCUCUCUCCUGGGGGCGGCUACAAGUGCGCCUGCCCCACCAACUUCUACCUGGCCGCUGAUGGACGCCAGUGCCUGUCCAACUGCACUGCCAGCCAGUUUGUGUGCAAGAAUGACAAGUGCAUUCCUUUCUGGUGGAAGUGUGACACCGAGGAUGACGUGGAGAAUCGUUCAGAUGAGCCUGCUGACUGCCCUGUCUUUAAGUGCCGGCCAGGUCAGUUCCAGUGUGGCACGGGCAUCUGCACAAAUCCUGCCUACAUCUGUGACGGUGACAACGAUUGCCAGGACAACUCGGACGAGGCCAACUGUGACAUCCACGUGUGCCUGCCCAGCCAGUUCAAGUGCUCGCAGCCCAGCCGAUACGAGCGGACGUGCGAGCCCUACCAGUUCCGCUGCAAGAACAACCGCUGUGUGCCCGGCCGCUGGCAGUGUGACUACGACAACGACUGCGGAGACAACUCGGACGAAGAGAAGUGUGUGCCACGUAAAUGCUCUGAGAGUGAGUUUUCCUGCACCAACGGCCGCUGCAUCGCUGGCAGGUGGAGGUGUGAUGGAGAUCAUGACUGUGCGGACGGCUCUGAUGAGGUUGGCUGUGAACCAAAAUGCGACAGUGACCAGUUCCAGUGUACGAAUGGCCACUGUAUCCCCUUGCGCUGGCGCUGUGACUUGGAUGCCGACUGCAUGGAUGGCAGUGAUGAGGAGAAGUGCAACAGUACUGUUGGGAGACAGUGCCCCCUAGAUGAGUUUCAGUGUAAUAACACCCUCUGCAAGCCUCUGGCCUGGAAGUGUGACGGUGAGGACGACUGUGGGGACAACUCCGACGAGAACCCCGAGGAGUGCAGGAGCUUCCAGUGCCCACCUACCAGAAACUUCCGCUGCCACAAUGAGCGGGUGUGCUUGUGGAACGGCAAGCGCUGCGAUGGAGUGGACAACUGCGGCGACAACUCGGACGAGAUGAACUGUGGCGAUCACAAGGAGCCGCCCUGCGACAAGAACAUGUUCCGCUGUAACAACGGCAAGUGCAUCAGCUCCAACCUGCGCUGCAACUUCUUCAACGACUGUGAGGACUACGGCUCGGAUGAGGUCAACUGCACAAAAGAGAAAGGCACUGUGGUCAAUGACUGUAAGAGCAACAGGACCCACUGUGGGGACGGCGAUGAGGCCCACUGUGUGACCAACGGCACAGACUCCUUCUGCUCCUGCAAACCCGGCUUCCACACCAUAGCACCCAACAUCUGCAAUGACACAAAUGAGUGCCUCCAGUUUGGUGUUUGCUCCCAAAUCUGUAACAACACUAAAGGCUCCUACAAGUGCAGCUGCUACAAGCACUUCACCAAGAUCAACAACACAUGCAAGGCUGAUGGCACCAGGGACAGCCAGCAGCAGGUCCUCUACAUCGCCGACGACAACGAGAUCCGCAGCCUGGACCCGGGCAUGCCCAACUGGGUCUACGAGCAGACCUUCCAGGGCGACGCCAACGUGCGCAUCGAGGCCAUGGACGUGCACAUCAAGACCAACCGCAUCUUCUGGACCAACUGGCACACGGGGAGGAUCUCCUCCUACGAGCUGCCCUCUUCCUCUUCCUCCUCGGGCCCCACGUCCAACACCCACCGGCACCGGCGCCAGGGCGAGGGCACCGACUCCGGCCUGCAGGUUCAGAUCUCGGGCCUGAAAAUGCCUCGAGGCCUUGCAGUGGACUGGGUGGCUGGGAACCUCUACUGGACCGACUCGGGUCGAGACGUGAUCGAGGUGGCCCAGAUCUCUGGCCAGCACCGCAAGACCCUCAUCUCGGGCAUGAUCGAUGAGCCCUACGCCAUCGUGGUGGACCCGCAGAGAGGGAGAAUGUACUGGACCGACUGGGGCAACCAUCCCAAGAUUGAGACUGCAGCUAUGGACGGGACAAUGAGACAGACUCUGGUCCAUGAGAACAUCCAGUGGCCAACAGGCCUGGCUGUGGACUACUUCAAUGAGCGUCUGUACUGGGCUGACGCCAAGCUCUCGGUCAUCGGCAGUGUCCGACUAGAUGGGUCUGACCCCGUUGUCGCCGUCUCUCACCUCAAAAACAACCUCCUGCACCCGUUCAGCAUUGACGUGUUUGAGGACCACAUCUACGGCGUGACGUACAUCAACAACUAUGUCUUCCGCGUGAAUAAGUUUGGCAAGGGCUCAAUGGAGAACCUGACCACCGGCAUCAACCACGCCACUGACAUCGUCCUCUACCAUCGCUACAAACAGCCUGAGAUGACCAACCCAUGCGACCGUAAGAAGUGCGAGUGGCUGUGUCUGCUCAGCCCCACUGGUCCAGUGUGCGUCUGUCCAAACAACCACGUCCAGGACAACGGCACCUGUGUGGAGGUCCCUCCGCCAACCUCACAACCAAGCCCAGGGACGUGUAGCCUGCAGUGCCUGAAUGGAGGCAGCUGCUUCCUGAACCCCCACAAGCAGCCCAAGUGCCGCUGCCAGACCAGCUACAGUGGAGAGCGCUGCGAGGUCAACCAGUGCAGAGACUACUGCAAGAACAAAGGCACCUGCUCCCCCUCGCCCUCAGGUGCACCUACCUGCCGCUGCCAGAAUGGCUUCACCGGUCCCACGUGUAACCUGCGGACGUGUAAGGACUACUGUCAAAACAAGGGCAACUGCACCGUCAACCAGGGCAACCAGCCCACCUGCAAAUGCCCCCCAGAGUUCCUGGGAGACAUGUGCCAGUACAGUAAAUGUGAUGGCUUCUGUGAGAACGGUGGCACGUGCCAGCAGUCGGCCAAUGGCACGCGGCAGUGCCGCUGUCCGCCCCAGUACCACGGCCCGCACUGUGAGCUGGACCGCUGCCAGUACUGUGGCACCGGACAGUGCAUCAAGACGGCCUCCAGAGAGCUGGCCUGCAGUUGUUCCAAUGGGCGCAUCCAGCCCAGCUGCUUUACCUGUGCGGAUUUCUGCCAAAAUGGGCAGUGCUCCAUGGACACACGCUCACUGCUCCCCCAGUGCAGGUGUCAGGAGGGAUGGGGUGGCUUCCGUUGUCUGACUGUGUCUCCUGUGGAAGGCCCCGACAGCCAAACCAGCACUGCCUCCGUCGUCAUCCCAGUUCUCCUGCUGCUCCUUCUGGCGCUCCUAGUGGUGGGCGCCCUCUUGUGGUACAAGAAGAGAAUGCGAGGGGCCAAGGGUUUCCAGCACCAGAGAAUGACCAACGGGGCCAUGAAUGUAGAGAUUGGGAACCCGGCCUACAAGAUCUAUGAGGGGGAUCCAGACGACGAUGCUGGAGAGCUGCUGGAUUCUGACUUUGCACUGGAUCCAGAUAAGCCCACCAACUUUACCAACCCGGUGUACGCCACGCUCUACAUGGGCGCCCACAACAGCCGCAACUCGCUGGCCAGCACCGACGAGAAGAAGGAGCUCCUCUCCACGACGGACGACGACAUGGGAGACCCGCUAGCGUAGAGGUCCAUUGCUAACAGCCACGGCGCUGCUCGACGAAAAAAACCUCCUAAACACGCCCCCGCCUCCCGUCUAAUGCCUUUUACAAAACAGGAAAGAAAAAAAAAAAGCAGCAACCACAGUAACAAUGAGAGAACACUGUACAAAAUGUAUAAAAAAGGAGGAAAAAAAGAAAAGAAAAAAAGAGAUGAAGGACUACUUUUGUAUGUGAUUGCAGUAUUAUAUUUUAUUCUUUGAGGAAAUUCUUCUCGUGAACAGGAAGAAAACAGAACAUUUUCUAUACUUUUUUUAUUUUUUACUUUUUGUUUUUGCUCACCAACUUGCUAUUCAACCUAACUUCAGUCAAUUCCCGAUGUCCCCUUCAUUUAGCCACUACCUCUGUGCAAAUAUAACAUAUGAACGACAACAGCAUUGGAACAACUUUCUUUUUAUUUCUUUUCAACUUUAUUUUUGUAUGAAUUGUAUAGAAGCCAUUGUUCCAUUUGAAAAGAAAAUUGCCAAGUGUGUUGUGAACAACUGUGAGUGGGAUGGGGAAACCCUGAGUCUGCCAGAUUCCCCCACACACACUUUCACUGCUGCUGGAUGUUUAGAUGCAGAGGUAGGAUGUGUGAGCGUGUGUGAGAGUGAGUGUAUGUGUGUGCGUGCGUGCGUGUGCGUGUGUGUGUGUGUGGAAGAGAGACUGUGUGAGUGGAAAGGGGGGGAGGGGGCAAAAUGAGUGAGAAGCAGUGGGUCCGCAUCUUUACUUCCAUAUCCAUAGCUCAGAGAACUUGGUUUAAAAUGAUUGUUUUUUUCUCCUUGCACAGAUAUGAAUUUAUAUAUAUAUAUAUAUAUAUAUAUAUAUAUAUAUAUAUAUAUAUAUAUAUAUAUAUAUAUAAACCUAGUGUCUUGAAAAUACACCUAGGGAUUCAAACAUCCAUAAAAAUAGCAGUAUGUAUUUGUUUUGCUUUAAUACUCUCUUCAAAGUUAUUUUAGAGAUAAACAAAUUAUUGGAUACUGUCUGAAUUUAUUUGAACGGAUGAACAGAAAGGGAGCCCGGUGGAUGGGUGGAUGAAUGGGGUCAUGAAUUGUGCUUGUUGGAUGAAGAUGAGAACAUUCCAGGGUUGUUUGUUCAUUUGUUUGUUUGUUUUAUCUGUGGCCUUGGUUUUCGGAAUGUCAAAUGGUUUUUUGGGACCGCUGGGAUGGACUGGGACUCGACCCAGUCGUAUUCGUGGAAUUGCUGAGAUUGACAGAAGGUGGGGAAAAAAAGGAUAAUGAUUGUCAAGCUUGUGCCUCUCAGGCACUCUCAAUGUGUGUUCAGGUUAAGGCUUCGGAAGCUCUCCCUCGUCACGUCCCCUAGGAACUGUGACUCCAUCUUGGAUUCCCAUUACAUGCGUAAGUGUGACCCAUGGAGGUAUGGGGCUGCCCAGGGAGAGCGGACUCGUCGCAUUAAUAAACAAAAUGAAAGCUGUGUUUAUUUUAUUGUUUUCUACUUGGGUACGAAGUUGAUAGGUGAUUGUCUUUGUCAGCCAGUGCUACUACCUAGGAAGCGUUCUGUUUGAUGCUGACGUCCCUGUGCAAAUACAGCCCUCUUUCUCUUGAUUAGCGUUCCCACUACCACACAUAUUAAUGCUAUGCCUUGCUGCUAACGCCACCACUCAUCUGCCUGAUCCAUUGUCAAGCUCAGCCGACAGCUUGUCACUGGGCUGCUGCUUCUAAUGGAUGUGACUAGCCAUAACUUCCAUAUGUUAAUGCAUGUAACACGAAAAAAAAACAAAAAAAACAAUAUCAACAAAAUGUAUGUGUAAAUCCCUCUGGCUUUUAUUGGACACAUUUUGAACAGUAUUCACAUGUCUGUCCUUCUCAUUUCUGUGAUGUUGCUCUGGUCAUUCUUUUGUUUUUGUUUUUGUUUUUUUGAUCAGAUGGAUUAGUACAAUCAUUUUACUUUCUCAAAGGUUAAAAUAAGACACUUUUACAAAAACCUAAAUCUGUCUCUGUGGUCAUCUUUCUGGUUUAAUUUGGGCUUUUUAUAUGCUAUAUUAAAAAUGUAAUUGUU